CCUGGACAAAGCACCAUGCCAGAGGAAGCGGUGGUGACCUUGCGCUAUGGGCCCUACAGCGCAGUGGGCCUGUCCGUGGAGCACCGCACCUACCGACUGCAGGGUCUGCAAGGUGCCUUCUUUACUGCAACCCCACCCCCGCCCCCAAGGACGUAACACAGGUGGCAUACCAGCAAUGUUUUUUUUGCAACUCUCGGUGGGGAAAAAAAAUGGAAGCAAUCAGAAACUGCAAUGGCUCAAGAUGCUGCAACACAUCUGGCACCUGACAUGGCAGAUGGUGCCCAGCUCUGCCAGCUCAGAGAGGACAAGGCCUCUCCCCUGUGCCUGCACUUUAUCCGGAUUCCCUGUGAGGAAUGAGGUGCCACUUCAAAGAGCUGUGUUGACCAAAGAUGGACAUCAGAUCAUCCUGGAGCAGAUAGAAGACUGGAAUCUGGUUGAGCUUGUGGUAAAUGAGGAGACGGUCUUUCAAUGUGAUAUCCAAGACCUGGAGUUUGGGGGUGAUGGCAAACUAGACCCGCUGUGUGAAGAGGCCAGGAUCGCUGUGCUAAAUGCCUUCUGAUCUCGUGGAGCAGACAGAAGAACACCGGCUAUGUCCUCCAGUCCUCAGUAGCAGCAAAAGGGGCUUAGCUUAGUAGGCACAUGGAUGGUGGACUCUACCAGUUAGAACAUGGAGAUGCCACCUGUCCACUAGUCUGUCCAGUUUGGGAUUCUCAUCUGGCUGCAUAGGCACCCACAGACAUAAUAACUCCUCCUCCCUGGCAGCGUCUCUCACUCUCAGCCCAUAGGGAGAGCCUGCAAUAUCAGGUGCACUGGAUCUGAAGGAAAUAAGAAAAUGCAAUCUAAUAACAGAGCACCAUCCCCUAAUAAAGCACCAUUGCCAGAAGCAUUAGACAUCGCAUUCUGAAGCCCGCCAAGAACCAGGAGCAGGUGAAGUUAACGAGCUUCCGAGUGGGGUGGGGUGGGGGGUGGGAGUGAGGGCUCUGAAAGUCAGGACCAAGCCAGUGUAAAUGCAGAAUUCAGAAACCUGACCGUCUGUUCAGGUUUAUUUCUUGCUCUUACUGGAAUACAUUUUUAAUUGCUAAUAUAAAACUAUGUGGAA